AUGCCCAACAAAAGCACGAUAACGUACUUUCUACUUGUAGGUUUUUCUGAAGCCCAAGAGGUGCAAAGUUUAUACUUUAUGAUAUUUUUCAUAACUUAUAUUGUGGCUCUGAUGGGGAAUCUUAUAAUCAUCACCAUAAUAGUUCUCAACCACCACCUCCAUACUCCAGUGUAUUUCUUUGUCUUAAAUCUAUCUGCUGUUGACCUUGGAUACAUCUCAGUCACCAUCCCCAAAGUUAUGGCCAAUUCCUUAAUGAAAACGAAGUGGAUUUUGUAUUCUCAUUGUGUUGCCCAAACUUUUUCCUUUGUUCUCUUUGGAGCAUCUGAAUUCUUUCUCCUGACAGUUAUGGCCUAUGACCGCUAUGCUGCCAUUUGUCACCCACUGCAUUAUGAAACUGUCAUGAACAGAGUUGCCUGUGUCCAAAUGGCAGCCUUUGCAUGGACAUUUGGCCUUCUGACAGCAACUUUACAUACUGGAGCAACAUUUGCAAGCCCUUUCUGUUCCAAUGUCAUCAACCAGUUCUUCUGUGAAAUCCCACAACUGCUAAAGAUCACUUGCUCUCACAUGUAUCUCCUUGAAGUUGGAGCUAUUAUCCUAACUGGUUGCUUAUAUUUUAGCUGCUUCCUUUUCAUCCUUAUUUCAUAUGUGCAGAUCUUCAAAGCAGUGAUGAGAAUCCCAUCUGUGCAGGGAAGGCAAAAGGCCUUCUCUACCUGCCUGCCCCACAUCAUUGUACUUUUCAUGUUCUAUUCCUUUGGUGUCUUUGCCUACUUCCGACCAACCAACAGGACUCCAUCAAAGGUGGAUCUAGUGGCUGCUGUAGCUUAUUGUGUCGUUCCACCAUUCCUGAACCCCUUAAUAUAUAGCAUGAGAAACAAAGAUAUCAAAGGAGCUCUGUGGAAACUGAUUGACUAG